AUGAGGACCUGGGCUUGCCUGCUGCUGCUCGGCUGCGGAUACCUCGCCCAUGCCCUGGCCGAGGAAGCGGAGAUCCCCCGCGAGGUGAUCGAGCGGCUGGCGCACAGUCACAUCCAGAGCAUCCGGGACCUGCAGCGACUCCUGGACAUAGAUUCCGUAGGGGUUGAAGAUGCUUUGGAGCCAAGCCUGAGAGCCCGGGGCGCUCACUCCACCAGGCAUGCCCCUGAAAGGCGGCCGGUGCCUGUUCGAAGGAAGAGGAGUGUUGAGGAAGCCAUCCCCGCAGUCUGUAAGACCAGGACGGUCAUCUAUGAGAUACCUCGCAGCCAGAUCGACCCCACCUCCGCCAACUUCCUGAUCUGGCCACCCUGUGUGGAGGUGAAGCGCUGCACCGGCUGCUGUAACACUAGCAGCGUCAAGUGCCAGCCCUCGCGUGUGCACCACCGCAACGUCAAGGUGGCCAAAGUGGAGUAUGUCAGGAAGAAGCCAAAAUUGAAAGAGGUCCAGGUGAGGCUGGAGGAGCACCUGGAGUGCUCAUGUGCGACCUCGAACCUGAACCCGGACUACCGGGAAGAGGAGACGGGAAGGCCUAGGGGAUCAGGUAAAAAACGGAAGCGCAAAAGGUUAAAGCCCACCUAG